AUGAGUUUCCUUGACUCCAUCCUCUCGUCUAUUCAGACGGGCAAGCCAUCUCAACCCCCACUAUCCCAGGCGCCUUCCUCACCUGUCCCCUCUGCGGCACCUAAGAAAGAAGAGCGCAAACCGUCCGCUGUACGCCAAGCGCCUCCGACCAGUGGAAAUGUUGGGGGAACAAAGAGAAAGGCCGAUGAACCGCUCCCUCGCCCACCCAGACCUCAAGCCACCAACAUGCCAAAUCGGCCUGUGGCAUCCAAGCCUACAGUUGGAGUGAAAUCGGCUGUUUCCCCUGCGACAUCAAGAGUUGUGCCAAAGCCUUCCUCGUCUGCCAACUCCAAGCCUUUACCGCCUAAACCAGCUGCGCCAAACCCCGCAGUCAAAGGCAACUCAUCUGCUGCGACAAGAGCAGGUUCAACCCCCAAAGUAGCCGCCAAGCCUACACCCGCAGCUGCCGCUGCGCAGUCGAAACCACCGCCCAAAGGAUCUUUUGCAGCGAUCAUGGCGCAGGCUAAGGCCGCCCAGGACAAAGCGCCCGUCCAGGUAGGCAUGUUGAAACACCAGGCUGGACCCAAAGAAAGACUCAGCAAAAUCGAGCGCAAAAAAAGGCAAGAGGAGGAACAGGCGAAGGAAAAACAAGCGCGCUCGGGCAAGAAAGCUGUGCCUGGUGUUUCUAGCAAAGACAAGCCUGCCCGGCAGCGCGGUACCGAGGAGCUAUCUUACAAGGGUACCGCGAAACCAACGCAGACCCCUGAGCCGCCCACAUAUCGCGGCACGGCGGGCUUGCCGUCGAAACGCGGUGCUUAUGACCGGCGCCAUCAAUCUAGGAACUCGCGACAGAACGAGUACCUCGCCACCGACGAAGAAGACGAAGGUGAUUAUGGUGGCUACGGUGGCUAUGACGAUUACUACUCAGACGCAUCAUCCGACAUGGAAGCUGGAAUGGAUGACGUGGACCGCGAGGAAGCGGCUGCGCUGAAAUUCGCGAAGCGAGAGGAUGAGGAAGAACUGCGGCAAGAAAUGGCUGCAAAGAAAGAGAAACUUGCACGAAUGGCAGAGCUGGCGUCUCGGAGGCGUUGA